AUGAAGUUCUCUGUAGUGUUUAUUUGUAUACUGCAGUUGAUACUAGUCACAUCACAAGAUACUUCUAUCACAGGGAAUGAAAACAACGAUGUCGUACAAUUUGGUCGUGGUGUCAUUGUAAUUGCUCCUGAUGUUACAACUAUGGUUGAGAUCACUGCAGAGACUACAACUAUGGGUGAAACCACUCCAGAGACUACAACUAUUGGCGAAACUACUCCAGAGACUACAUCUAUGGGCGAAACCACUCCAGAGACUACAACUAUUGGCGAAAUCACUCCAGAGACUACAAUUAUGAGUGGAACCACUUCUGACGGUGCAACUGAAACUGCAGUGAUAACUUCGACGAUGGAUACUUCUACUUCAACGCAGAAACCAGAUGACUCGAAAGAUAACAGUGGUGAGUCAGUGUUUUGA